CCUUUGACCCAUAGUGUGGAUCAUCCUAUCCUUGGGAGAGAUUGUAUCCAGCAGAAGAGGGAGAUCUGGCCCUGUCCGGAGAUGGAGAUGGAAAGGUACCAUGGGGACAGCUCCACAGGGCCCAACAUCACCAACAGCACAGGAGCCCCAGCCAGCGCUCUCCCAGCGGUGCUGGUUACAGACAGGAUGGUGGUGCUGGUAGUUCUACUGGGGCUCCUCACCCUCCUCACUGCGCUGGUCAACGGUGCCGUCAUCACAGCCAUCUGCACCACCAAGAAGCUCCACCUACCUGCCAACUACCUCAUCUGCUCGCUGGCGUUCACAGACUUUCUGGUGUCUAUCCUGGUGAUGCCAGUCAGCAUCCUCUACAUCGCCACGGAGACCUGGUCGUUGGGCCAGGUGGUGUGUGAGGCCUGGCUGAGCGUGGACAUGACUUGCUGCACCUGCUCCAUCCUGCACCUGUGUGUCAUAGCGCUGGACCGCUACUGGGCUAUCACCAAGGCCAUCGAGUACGCCCGCAAGAGGUCGGCCCGCCGGGCAGCUGUCAUGGUGGGCAUCAUCUGGGUCAUCUCAGUCUUCAUAUCUAUACCGCCCCUCUUCUGGAGACACAGGCCCGGUAGCCAUGGCCCAAAACAGUGCAUCAUACAGCACAACCAUGUGGGCUACACCAUUUACUCCACUUUUGGGGCAUUUUACAUCCCCAUGACCCUUAUUCUCAUAUUGUACUAUAGGAUUUACAAUGCCGCAAAGACACUUUACCAGAAACGGGUCUCGUCGCGGCACCUGAGCAGCCAGAACUCUCUAAAUCACUGCCGUGUGGCACACACCUUCUGCGUAUCGGACCUGUCCACCUCAGACCCCACUCUGGAGUUUGACAGGCUCAAUGUCACCAUCCGUAUCCCCUCAUUUGAGACAGAGAUGGAGGCGGCAGAUGAGAGGCACCAGAUCUGUACCUCCCGGGAGAGGAAGGCAGCACGUAUCCUGGGCCUCAUCCUCGGGGCUUUUAUCCUCUGCUGGAUGCCUUUCUUUCUGAAGGAGCUUCUUGUAGGCUUACAGGUCAUAACUGCCACCCCACAUGUAUCUGAUUUCUUAACCUGGCUGGGCUACUUCAACUCACUCAUUAACCCUCUCCUUUACACCAGCUUCAAUGAGGAUUUUAAGUUGGCCUUUAAGAAACUGCUCAGACGAAAGGAGCAUGCAUAGGUUUGCAGGCCCAGGUUAAACGUACAGUAUUGUCCCAUCAGAGAAUGUAUUUAGGAAAGUUACAUGCAGUGUG